AUGAAGGUGCAGCUUGUAGGCACUAUCACAUUACCUAUCGUGGUAGGGGCAUACCCACAACAGGUAGGCAGGAACGUGAAUUUCUUGGUGGUAGAUUGUUCAUCCUCCUACAAUGCUAUAAUUGGAAGACUAACUUUAAAUAGUUGGAAAGUAGUUACGUCUACUUACCACCUGCCAGUCAAAUUUCCAACAGAGCAUAGGAUAGGACAAGUUCAGGGAGAUCAGCUGGCAGCAAGAGAGUGCUACUUGGCCAUGUUAGCCAUGGAUGAGCAAGUUCAAACGAUGAAUAUUGAAGAAAAGAGAAUGAUGGCUGAGCCCAUUGAAGUGUUAGAAGAUAUUUCUUUAGACGAGAAAAACCCUGAGAGGUCCACCAGGGUUGGAGCAGAUUUCGAAGAGAGGAUUAAGAAGGACCUCAUCUGUUUCUUGAGGAAAAGUAUUGAUGUAUUUUCUUUGAGUCAUGAGGACAUGCCGGGUAUAGACCCUAGUGUCAUUACCCACCGUCUGAAUGUGUAUCCUUCCUCUAAGUCAGUACGACAAAAGAAAAUGAUUUUUGCUCCUGAAAGAGACAAUGUUAUCAAAGAAGAAGUGCAGAAGUUGACCGCAGCGAAGUUCAUUCGAGAAGUUUAUUAUCUAGACUAG